AGAGCACACACGUAAUUGCCCAAGAAUGACCACGUUUCUUCAAUCAUUUAAGAAACUCCGGACAGUGGACCCUGCUGCGCUCUCUUUUCCUCUCCAUCUUCUCUCCUGUGUAAUCUGAGAGCGCCUUGCUGUGUGAGAGGAGUCAGCAGUGCUCAGACUGUCUCCCUCAGUGAAAACAGGGCGAGCACACUCACUGGCUGCAUGCAGACGGAACGGAAAAGGGUCAAAAUGAAAGCUUUGUGGACUUUUCUUUUGCUCAACGCGCUGCUGACGGCUGUUCUCAGUGCCUCACCGCGCUGUGGAGCUGGCAACUACUGGCAAGGACAAUGCAAAGUUUCAGUGGAGGUCGCGAAACCCAAAUGUGCAGACAUCACGCUGGCUUACUGUGAUGACCUGCCUUAUGCCAAGACCAUGUACCCUAACAUUCUGGAUCACAGGAAUCGUGAGGAGGUGGAGACAAGCACAGAGUAUCUGCUGUUGAGUGUGGUUCACUCCUUGCUGAACGGAGAGUGUACUCCAGACAUCCGUAUGCUAGGCUGCUCUGUGAUUGCGCCGCGUUGCGAGAACCAAAAGAUCCUGAAACCCUGUCGCAGCACCUGCGAAGCUGUGCACAAAGUCUGUGACCAUGCAUUCGAGAGCAUUGAUAUGGCCUGGCCUUACUUCCUAGACUGUGACCGCUUCUUCGUCAGUGAAGAGGAGGGCUGCUAUGACCCCCUGGAAGGCCUGAGAGAGAGGCAGGAGGUGGUGAUGGAUAGUGUUACAACAGAAGAGCCCUCAACAAUAAUCCAGUUCACCCAUCACUCCAACACACAGAUGUUCAACAUCCUUAAGAAGACAGCGGCACAAUGUUCCCACAUUUCUAGAACAUACAGCAUUGGACAGAGUGUUGAAAAGAGAGAUCUGCUGGUAAUCGAGUUUUCUAACAACCCUGGAGAACAUGAAUUAUUGGAGCCAGAGGUCAAGUACAUUGGGAACAUGCAUGGAAAUGAAGCCAUGGGCAGAGCGUUGCUGAUUUACUUGGCUCAGUACCUGUGCUCCGAGUACCUGCUGGGAAACACCCGGAUCCAAACCCUCAUCAACACCACACGCAUCCACAUCCUGCCCUCUAUGAACCCUGAUGGAUACGAAUUAGCCUUUUCUGAAAUGCAGAGUGGUGCUGACGCAGAUUAUUAUGAGGGUGCAGGAUAUGUUGGGCAACUAGGUGGUCGAUACAAUGCCCAUAACAUAGACCUCAACAGAAACUUUCCAGACUUGACUUCUAUUGUCUAUAAUCGGCGUAGGCUCAAGCACUUCCGCAGUGACCAUAUUCCCAUCCCUGACACUUACUGGUUUGGUAAGGUUGCUCCAGAGACAUAUGCUGUUAUGAAGUGGAUACGAUCUAUUCCAUUUGUCUUGUCGGCUAGUUUCCAUGGAGGAGACCUAGUAGUGUCCUACCCUUACGACCUCUCAAAGCAUCCUCAAGAAGUUAACAUGUUUUCUCCGACUCCAGAUGAGCAGGUUUUCAAGCAGUUAGCCAGAACAUAUGCAAAUGCUCAUGCCACAAUGUCCAACAAAGACACAGACAGGUGUGGUGCCAACUUUGUUGACAAAGGGGGCAUUGUGAAUGGGGCUGAAUGGUACAGCAUAGCGGGAGGCAUGGCAGACUUCAAUUAUCUCCACACAAACUGCUUUGAGGUAACAGUCGAGCUGGGAUGUGACAAAUUCCCCUUCGAGGAGGAUCUCUAUAUAGGCUGGGAGGAAAAUAAAGAGGCUCUCCUCAGUUUCAUGGAGUCGGUGCACAAGGGAAUAAAAGGUAUUGUGAAAGAUGAAAAUGGAAAUGGCAUUAAAGGAGCCAUUGUGUCAAUCAAAGGGAUCAGGCAUGACAUCACAACAGCUCAAAAUGGGGAUUACUGGAGACUGCUGAGCCCUGGCAUCUACAUUGUGACUGCUUUAGCACCAGGUUAUACCAGAGCCAUGAAGAGGAUCCAUCUUCCGUCUCACAUGCUGGAGGCUGGAAGAGUGGACUUUGUACUUAAAAAGGCUCCACUUGAGCCAGACGCUGAUGACGUUAUUAUCCCAUACUUCAGCAGUUAUGACCGAUUUGACCCUUAUAACCAGCAUGCACGCUAUAGUAUGAGGCAAUCUGGGCAGGAAGAGGAGGAGAGGCAGGAGAAGCCCUGGUGGUGGGCCUACUUUGCUCGUUCUAGUAGCCAAAAUCCUUCCUGGCUCCUGAGAAAUUAGCCCCAUCUACUGGUUUGACAGUAUCUUCACAGACUUUACAGAAUAACACAAAUCUACACAGAACAGUUUAGCAAUUUUUUGUAGAGAAGCCAAAAAUCUAGCCUAGAUUAUUUAACCUAAAUUAUUUUACCCAGUUAUCCUUAACCCUGUUUGGUCUGUGGUAGAUUAUUCUCAGUAAAAAUCAUAAUCUUCAGGUUAUUACAGUGCAGUUAUCUCAGCUGAUCAAAUUCAUACCAUAGUAAUAUUUGAAGUAAAGACAGUCUUCACUGUUUGCAGUGGGCAGUUCAUGAGGAAAAGAGUGAUAUUUUUUCCCCACAGUAGAUUUACCUCACACGGCCUAAAAUGGACAUGCAUAGGAAAACGCAGAAUAUUACUGAAUGCUGUCAGUGUAUUCCAAAAUGUAGAUUGAAUGUAUUGGAAUAUGUUUUCAACAAAUUACGUAUUUGUAUGAGACAUGCACACUUUAGUAAUCGCUAGUAAAAGGCCACACUGACAUACACCUUGCCAUUUGUAAAAUUAUUUGUUGGAUUUUUGUGGGGCACAAAUGGAAAUGUUAUAAUAAGCUUCUGUACUACUUGAAUAUACUUACUAGUAUUGUUAUACCACUCCAAUGUACCUACCAGUAUACUCACAGUACUGCUCUACUGUAUACUUUCAGUAGGUCACAAUGUCAAAAUGAUUUUAUUACAUGGUUAAGAUAAAGUAUGAGUUGAUAAAC